AUUUGUGUCAAAGAAAUGAAUAACCCACAAGAAUCACAUAUUUUUAAUAAGCAAGACGUGUUAAAUGAUCCUAUGACUAAAAAAUACAUAGGAAAUCGUGAAGAUUCAAACGAGUGUCUCAAACAACCCGAAAUGAAAGAGCAUUUCAAUAACGGAAAACCAUAUGAUGUUAGUGAUGUUUCUGAUUCUUUAAAAGAUGUACAGUGGAAAAUAGUAGAUCAUUACAGUGGCGAUGGAUUACAAUUGAACUACGAGAAUAAAAUGCAAUUAAAGGCGAUCGAAAACGAGUUCGAUGGAUUAAAGAUACAAAACGAGUUAAUUGCGGAUAAAGUCCAGUUAAUUACCAACAUAUACAAGUUUAGAAAUGAUCAGAUAACAACGGUCAAAGAUCAAAUGGACAAAAUUCAAAAAGAAAUUGAACAAAUACACAACCGGAAAAUAAAAAACGAAUUGGAUUAUGUAGUAUUCUUUAAAACCAUUGUGGACAAAAUGGUGGGAAUCCAUAGCCAUGUCAACCAGUUUAAUGUGACAGUAAACGGAUUGGAGACCGCUGUCGAAGAGGCGUGUGAAAAUAAAAAAAUCAUGACACAAAUAAUGGAGCUGUCCGAGUAUAUGAAGAAUCAAUAUUAUUUGCAGAUGACCGAAGAUCAACGGAACUUUACAGAGCAGAUCAGAAAGAACGCGAGUGAAAUGGACCAGUUAAAGGCGGACGUGGGUACCAAAGCCAUUAAAGUCGAUGAGCUGGAAAAGCGCAACGCCGAUCAACAACUUUGCAUUGAUUUGCAACAGGAAAUGAUGACACGCAUCGAAAAGUACAUUGCCGAUAUGUUAUCAAUUAUCUAUUCGCACUUAAAACGAUUGGAGAAUGAAAAUAAUGAGUUAACGGUGCCCAACGAGAACCAAAAAGAAAUUGUUUUGCUAUUAGCUAAACAAUUGGAAGAAAUUCGCGAGAUCAUUGGAAACGAGAAAGAUCAAGACAUAACAAAUAAUCUCCAUAUACAAUUCAUGGACAAAUACGUAGAAAAUGUCGACAAGGAAAAAUAUUUUUCUGUUGAUUAA